CAAACAUCAACACAAGAAUUCCCACACUAUGGCUAUCUCGGCUUCUCUCCCGCCUGCCCAUGCAACGAUUGUUGACGAUGAGACCAUUGCGCUCGCGAGGCAGCUGGAAGAAAUUGGACUAUUCAUGCAAGGCAGCAAAGGCAAACAUCCAAUCGGAUGCCCACCGGACCUGGAGGUCGCCUUCAAGAGCUUCCAGGACGAGUUGAACUCAUACAAAUGCUUUCUCGAGGAUCAGAGGCUCGCUCAGAGCAUCGCUGCGGCUGUGCACGAUGACAGCGCUAUCAUAGCAGAGAUGACAGCCAAGGAGCUACAAUGUCAUCGUGACAGGAGGAUGGCUUUUGAGCUGGUCGAAGGAAGCGAUGAGUAUCAAGUCCCGGUGCACUCUGAGCUUGCAGAGAGUUAUCAUCAUCAUGCUGAGGAUGACAUCCUGUCUACGAUUGCCGAAACGGUCACUGCCAACUCGGUCAUCGAUUUUAGCGAUGAUGAAGAUGAAUCUGGUCCUUCUAUGACUUUUGCUGAGCGUCAGGCUGAGGUGCUGAAGAGAAUGGCAACACAAUAUGUGUGCAGCGUCUGUCGCGAUCGCUAUCCUUCUGCACAGACGAUCAAAGUCGAAUGUGAGCACCGCUACUGCAUCGAUUGUGCAAAAGGCCUCUUUCGCCGAGCUACCAAGGACGAGACCUUGUUUCCGCCACGCUGCUGCAAGAAGAACAUCGAUCCCUUGCUUGUUAAGAGACACAUGUCAGCUGAAGAAGCCCAGGCCUUCGAUGCUGCCGCAGUGGAAUUCUCUACUGUCGACAGAGUCUAUUGUAGCAACCGUAGCUGUGGAAGAUUCGUUCCACCUACUCUGAUUGACUCUGGCACGCGAGCGGCCAGAUGUGAGCAGUGCGGCAUCUACACUUGCGCUAUGUGCAAGAAUGGGCAGCACCUGAAUAAGGACUGUCCGGAAGAUCCAGCCCUGCGAGAGACGCGAGCACUAGCGAAGGAGAUGGGCUGGCAGACAUGUCGUCGAUGUCAGACUCUAGUAGAGCAUCGCAGUGGAUGCAAUCACAUGACAUGUCGCUGCCGUGCCCAGUUCUGCUACAUCUGCGGAACGCCCUGGAAGAACUGCUCCUGCCCUGUUGCCGACGAGAAUCGCAUUGAGGAGCGCGCAGAAGAAGUCGUCGAUCGUGAUGCAGAGCCCGAUCUCCCCGUCGCCGUACGAAACCUUCGGGUCCGUCAUGUGCAAGCUCAGCUUAGGGAGAGGCAUGAUUGCGAGCAUCCAGGCCGCUUCCAAAGGAUUUUUGGCGCUCCGAGAAGAGGCUUUCAAUGUGAGGUUUGCGACGCUCGGCAUUGGAAAUAUAUCUUGCAGUGUCGACAUUGUUAUCUUAAUGCUUGUGAGGAUUGUCGGAGGCAUAGGAUUUGAGAUUGGUAGGGGCUUUCGAAAUGUAUGUUUGCAGGGGAGCUGCGUUGAUACUUAGCGAGGUCUCUCUUUCAUGACUU